AUGGGUGAUCUUGCCAAAGAAAUGCUUAAAUUAACAUUUAAAAUCUUAUUCUCAAAAGGAGAGACUGAAUUUUUGAAAGUUUGGCACGACUUCAAAUUUCCUUCAUAUUGGUCUCAACAACAAAAUCCAAUUACCCAUUUAGGCUCAUACUUUUUUUCUGAUUAUCUUCGUCUAAGUAUUAUUAUGCCAUUUCUUAUUAAUCAGGCAUUACAUAUAAUGAUGCUAAAUAAAACAUUUGUCAAAUACGUGAUUGAGACAUGCACAAUAACGAAAAGUCAGGUUCUGGAUAAAUUGUUAGGUUUAUGGGUUUAUUUCUCUCAGAUGACUGGUUGCGAAGGUAAUCAAAAAUUUAAUAUUGAUAGUUUGAAUUUUGCGACUUUAGUGAAUAUUUCAGUUGUUAUGAAGGAAAUAGUGCAUAGACUUUUCAAGGCUAUUAUCCCUCAUUCAAAUAAAAAAAAUAUAGAACUGGAUUUUAUGCGCUGUGAUAAUUGUUUGCAAGUAUUACAGUUUCUAAUAGAUGGUGGUAUUGACGAAAGAUAUGAUAAGACAACAUACUUUAAUUUCAGCACAUUGUCAAAGGAUCGAUGUACUUCUGGCUUUGAGAAAGUUCUUAAUGAUGAUUUAUUUGCUGAACUUAAACACGCAUAUAAAGAAGAACUUAGUUGUGUUGAAUAUCUUACAUUACAAACCGUAAAAUAUUUCAAUAGUAUUAGCUAUACUAUAGUUGAUAAUGAUGAUUGA